UAGAACUGAUUUCAAAUAUGCAUACUAAACAAUGGUACUUAGGUAAGUAUGUACCUACUUCAAAAAUUCAGUUAUUUUACACAACAUCUGGCAGACGUUUGUCUAGUCAGCGACGUAGAAUAUAGGUGAGUACUUAAACAAUGAAAGUUUAUAAAAAUGAGUGGAUUUUCCGAUCAUUAAAUCAUAACAACGUUAUAAAUCAAAAUCAUGUUAAAAAUUAAUUCGAGUUUAAUUGGUACAGGUAACCGUUUAGCUUAAUUAUGCAUUCUUCGAAAAGCACUUAUUGGUGGUAGCUUAAAAAAUUGUCUGUAAGAAUUGAACAAUAUUGAACAAUACUUGCAUUAUAGUAGAAAUAGUUCAUGUAUCUGGUUCUGGGUUGAGAUACUCAAGACGCACGACGCACGAGGCACGAGUCUUUUUUUUAAAAAAAUUACCUUACUUGAGUGAAACGAAUAGUCAUAAUUAGCCAUUAGGCAUUAGGUCUAUUUUAAAUUUUAAUAUUGUAGAUUGAAAUGAAAAAAUGGUGGAUGGAAUUGAAUUAGGCUCCUAUACCAGUAUAAUAUCUCAAGAAUGCCAUACUUUGACUUUUGAAGUUUUGAGAUAGACCAUCAGGAAAAUGAAAAUUGACAGGAAUGAAAAAAUAUAAUGAAAAUCUAUGUCGAAUGAGUUGACGAACAAGCUUUAGGCAGGCGCUAUAAUCAAGCCACCAAGCCAAGGCCUAAACAGGUAUUUUGACGCACCAAGACUAAUAAAACCAAGACCAAGGGGCAAGGGGAUCGUAUUCGUAUUCGUAUUUCGUAGUAUGAAAAAGAAAUAGAAAAUUGUAAUUUGAGUAAUUACCGAUAAAGGACUGUGCUAAUCUUGGAACUUCCUCUGCAACCUUUCAAGUUUGAUGACUUUGAUUCAAUGUUUUGAAUUUGAUAUUUUUGAUAACAACUUGAGCCGAAAUCCGAAAGUGUUUAUUAUAAUUUUUCUCAAGAAAUUCUCAGUAUUAAUUCGAUUCAUCAUCGAUAGUUUUUUUUAUUACUUUCUUUCUGUAAAACAUCACCUGUAAAAUGUUCUACUCGUAAGUCGACACUACAGAAUUCAAUUUCUUAUCUGUACGUAUUGCAGUUUACCAAGAUGAGUGGUGACAGUCGACAAUUGAAAAUAAAUUUGCACAUAAAGUUUCUUCAAAGAUUUUUGCAUAAUGCUCCUAAAAGUUUAGCCACUUAUGAACCAAUAAGACCAACUAUAAUAUUUUUCAUAGUUUCCAGUUUGGAUUUGUUAAAUGAUAUAGACAGUAUUUCAGCCGCCGAAAAGUCUGCAAUUUGUGACUGGAUAUAUCAAAUGCAAGCGGAACCUCGAAGCGAAGCACAUGAGGAAAGUCAUGCAAUGAAUUAUGGUUUCUUUGGAUCUCGUACUUUGGUAUUUCAAGACAGUGAUAAUCACGACCUAUCCGAGUACAAUUUUGGACAAUUGGGAAUGACUUAUUCGUGCUUAUGCACAUUGAUUAUUUUAGGCGACGAUCUCAGUCGUGUGAAUAAGUCAGCUAUUUUGAAAUCCAUCAAACAUCUUCAAAGUGAAAAUGGAAGUUUCCUGGCCAACGUCGGAAGCAGUGAAAGUGAUAUGCGAUUUGUAUAUUGUGCUAUUGUCAUUUGUUACAUUUUAAAUGAUUUUUCUCAUAUAAAUGUUCCUAAAUGUGUGGAUUUUAUCUCCAAAUCAGUGCAUUACGACGGUGGUAUUUCCCUAGAACCAAAUUUAGAAUCACACGGUGGCUCGUCGUUUUGUGCGAUUGCUGCCUUACAUUUAUUGGAUCAGUUGAAAACAGCUUUAAAUCCAAAUCAACUAAAACGUAUCCAAAGAUGGCUGAUUCUUAGGCAACAAUCGGGCUUCCAAGGUAGGCCUGAAAAAGACGUCGACACGUGCUAUUCGUUUUGGGUAGGCGCCGCGUUGAAGCUAAUCGAUUCGUUUGAUUUCGUUGAUCGAGAAAAAAACAAGCAAUCGAUUAUGGGUUGUCAAGAUAGAUUUCGCGGCGGAUUCUCAAAAUUUUUGUACACCGAAGUUGAUUUACUGCAUACGUACUUUGCAUUGUGCGGGUUAAGUUUGAUGGAAGAACCGGGUUUACUAGAAAUGAAUCCAGCUUUAAACAUGUCCGUGCGAGCUUUUCGUCAUUUGAAACAAUUGCACGAUACGUGGAAUAACUGAAUAUGAUAUAAAUCAAGUUAUUUGUUUGGAAACAUUGUCUUCGUUUCAAAACUUCUCAAUCAAGAUGUGUUGACACAUAAAGGAAAUGAAUCGAACAAACGUAAGGAACGCACAAAUUGUUACAAAUUCAAAUUGAAUAUAAAUACGGAAAUUUUUUUAUAAUUUUACGAGAAAUGGCAUCAUUCACUUGGCUCAUCCUUGAUUCUUCUAUUUCAUGAAAUCUACUUUUUUAAAAAAAACAUUAAGUAUUUGAAUUUCAAACUUAUCCUCAUUGGUUCAGUAAGACUGCAAUUAUUGCACAAAUUUCCUAGUUACCUGGAUAAAUAUUAUUUUUUAAUCGCUCUUCCUUCAAAUUAGCAUUUAAUUAUUUAUUUCAACUUGUUUUUGUAUUAUCUUUUGUAAUGUCUAAUAAAAUGUAAAUGAUAUUCUA